AUGGCUUCCCCUAACGGGAAUGUUAGCCGGGAGGGAUUCAUCUUUGGCGAAUUUACAGCUGCGAUAGUCGCAUUAACACUGUAUAUGCCUAACAUUGUUGCAGCUGUAAUCAGCAAACACAUAGCUGUAGCUCUAAACAUACCGAAAAGGAAUACAGGAAUCUACUUUUCCAAGCUACACUCUACAAUGUCUCUCGUAUCCUUAGGAUGCUCAUCUAUAGUAUACGUGUUAAAAUGGAUUAUAUCUGAAAACAACAACUCUCUGGCGCUUGUAACAUAUUUCUUCGUCUGGUUAUCCAGACUAAUGCUAUUUUUAAUCAUGUUUAGGUCCGAUAAUAUGGGACUUUGGUUCUAUGGGUUUAUGGUUUUGUCCGCAUUUUCAAUGGGUUUAUUUCAAAUGACAUUUUUCUCGCUCACCGUUUAUCAUGUUACUACGGUAGGCUUAACUUUCAGACUCUCGAGGCUUUUCGUUUGGUUGUUACAGGUCAUUCUUGACAUUACUAUUCCUUCUAGACCACUUCUUAUGGUUAAGAUACACCUUUUUAUGAUACUAUUUACUAGCACAGUUGCGCUGUGUUUAUGGACAUAUUCUUGUUACAAAGGGCUAAUUAAUGCAGAAAAUGGUGAUAUAUCGAGUAAAGAGAGUGUUGUACCAGAAAAAAAGUGGAAAUGCACAAAUGCCGUGAAGAGGAACAAGAAAUUGUCGCUGACUCACUUGGCAGAACCGUCAAUUUAUCAACAUCUUGGGAACGCACUCUCACCCUUGCUAAUGUGCUUUGUCCCUCAGGUUAUAAGAUGUUUUUUAUACCCAAGUAUAUUGCCAUAUUCCCUGCUCGAUCGUGAUCUUUGUCAUUUCACAAAUAUGCUCAUCACUCCCAUAUCGGUAUUAGGCGCAUGUCUCGUGCAUUGUUUAAAAUUAUAUGUUCCAUCUAUUGGACGGCGUUGGACCUGGCACUGGAAUAUUUUUUGGGUACUCGCAAUUCCUAUGGUUGGUAUUUUGGUGUGUAUACUUUCGGCGCUUCACGGUACAGACGCUCGACUAUCUAAGUAUUGCAUGGACUCCAUUCCUGCUGCUUCCACCUUAGUUGCCUUAUUAUUCUCCUGCUCCCAAAUUUUGGAAGCUCUUGGUUAUCUCGGCGUUGCUGCAAACGUGAAACAUAAUGGGAAGAUGCUUAACAACGGAUUAAAGGUUGUGUCUACAAACCAGUUUAUCUUCCUCAUACUGAAUGUCAUUUCUUACAAACUAUCUGUGGGAUAUUGUAACACAAGGGAGAAGUUUGUAGGUUCAAUUCCGUGUUACCUUCCAACAAAUGGAAUGAGCCUUUUCUCGGCCUUUUUGUUCUGGUUCUCAGGUACUGUCAGUAAUGGAUAUGAAGACUUUCUCAAUGAGUUUAACUUUAAUAUUAGAGAAUAUGUGUAG